UAAUAUAGAAAUGUGAUAUAAGAGGUGCGUGAAUCUAUAUAAUUGAGACUUUAAGCAAUGCAUAUAAAAUCAAAACGUAAACCUGUAUGUAAAAGUUGCCCUAUACAAAUGCAUGUAGUUUUCUCACAUAAAUAAUCGUUCAGUUACCGUGUUUACUUAGUCCGUUGCAUAGACUACACAUCAUUGUGUAAUAUGCCAUUGAUAGUUAUAUAGCUAGUUUCCUAUGAUACAUCUUUUAAACAAGAUCGUUUAGUAAUGAAGAUAUUUGGAGCUAAAACAUGUAUGACACACAUCAUUUUCUUCAGAAAGCAUUAUACUGUGCAUCGAAAUUAAAAUUGCCAGCAUAUUAUUCAAUAGACAUGAGUUUAAUGAUUCCCAUUGACACCAACGUGAAAUUGCAAACCUCCCGUUCUAAACACAGCUCUGAAGCUGAUUGGGUAUUUGAAGUAGACUAAGUACCGCUUGUUUUGUAUGCGCGCUUUAUACAUUACUGUAUUGAUUCAUUGGCUUUGCGUUCACGGUUACGUUGGGAAAAAUAUCGCUAGCUUAAACUCUCUAUUAUUGUUAGUUUCUGAAACCCAUUUGGGUCAUCCAAAUGAACCUAAGUAAGUGUGACACUUGGUUGAUUAAUGGCCAUACAGUGCAUACUUUUAGAAUGAACCUAAGUGAGUGUGACACUUGGUUGAUUAAUGGCCAUACAGUGCAUACUUUUAGAAUGAACCUAAGUAAGUGUGACACUUGGUUGAUUAAUGGCCAUACAAUGCAUACUUUUAGAAUGAACCUAAGUAAGUGUGACACUUGGUUGAUUAAUGGCCAUACAGUGCAUACUUUUAGAAUGAACCUAAGUGAGUGUGACACUUGGUUGAUUAAUGACCAUACAGUGCAUACUUUUAGAAUGAACCUAAGUGAGUGUGACACUUGGUUGAUUAAUGGCCAUACAGUGCAUACUUUUAGAAUGAACCUAAGUGAGUGUGACACUUGGGUGAUUAAUGGCCAUACAGUGCAUACUUUUAGAAUGAACCUAAGUGAGUGUGACACUUGGUUGAUUAAUGACCAUACAGUGCAUACUUUUAGAAUGAACCUAAGUGAGUGUGACACUUGGUUGAUUAAUGGCCAUACAGUGCAUACUUUUAGAAUGAACCUAAGUGAGUGUGACACUUGGUUGAUUAAUGACCAUACAGUGCAUACUUUUAGAAUGAACCUAAGUGAGUGUGACACUUGGUUGAUUAAUGGCCAUACAGUGCAUACUUUUAGAAUGAACCUGAGUAAGUGUGACACUUGGUUGAUUAAUGGCCAUACAGUGCAUACUUUUAGAAUGAACCUAAGUAAGUGUGACACUUGGUUGAUUAAUGGCCAUACAGUGCAUACUUUUAGAAUGAACCUAAGUGAGUGUGACACUUGGUUGAUUAAUGACCAUACAGUGCAUACUUUUAGAAUGAACCUAAGUGAGUGUGACACUUGGUUGAUUAAUGACCAUACAGUGCAUACUUUUAGAAUGAACCUUAGUAAGUGUGACACUUGGUUGAUUAAUGGCCAUACAGUGCAUACUUUUAGAAUGAACCUAAGUAAGUGUGACACUUGGUUGAUUAAUGGCCAUACAGUGCAUACUUUUAGAAUGAACCUAAGUGAGUGUGACACUUGGUUGAUUAAUGGCCAUACAAUGCAUACUUUUAGAAUGAACCUAAGUGAGUGUGACACUUGGUUGAUUAAUGACCAUACAGUGCAUACUUUUAGAAUGAACCUAAGUGAGUGUGACACUUGGUUGAUUAAUGGCCAUACAAUGCAUACUUUUAGAAUGAACCUAAGUGAGUGUGACACUUGGUUGAUUAAUGACCAUACAGUGCAUACUUUUAGAAUGAACCUAAGUAAGUGUGACACUUGGUUGAUUAAUGGCCAUACAGUGCAUACUUUUAGAAUGAACCUAAGUAAGUGUGACACUUGGUUGAUGGCCAUCCAUUGCAUACUUUUAGAAUGAACCUAAGUGAGUGGAUCAAGGGAUUAUUUCAACUGCAAAGUGGAAAGAUAAACCUGAAUGGAAUCAAAUGCUUUUUAAUGACCUUCGUGGAUAUGCUAUAUUUGAUAACCAAGAGUACAACAUACUACAUGUAGUUUCCCAGAAUUAUGUGUUGUAGUUUUUCUCCUGAAUUAUUAUUUAAUGUACACUUUUCAUUGACUUUUUGUACUACCGGGUGAUACCCAUUAAUUUGAGAAUAAUUUUCUCAAUAAUCUUAUGAUUUUUAUAUGUAUGUUCAAUGACUAAAAGAUUGGUAUGCUUGCAUAGCAUCAUCAACUUGGAAAUUGAGAGAUAUGUCAUUUUCCGAACAUUGAACAUUCUAUCUACACACAAAAAAUCAGGAAGAUUCCUUACUUAUUGAGAAUGUUAUACCAAAAUUAGUGGGUGCCAUUUUUGUGUCACCCUGUAUUCUCCAGUGAAUAAAUGUACUAUUAUCCCCCAGUGGAUUUAAUGCACUUUUUUCAUUGAAUUCUACAUUUGUAUGUAUUAUGAGUGAAUAUCUUAUGGUACAGCACUAUUCUUCCCUGAAUUACUUGUUGCAGUAUUCUUAUGGACUUGUAUCAUUCUCAACUAAGUUCAUUCAACUUACAAGAGGCAAGGUGCAUUAGUUAGGGAUGUAAACUACAUGUUUAAAUGACUGAGUUUUGACAUAAGCAUACAAUGUUUCAUAAUAAGUAGAGUGGAAGGAAAACCUGAGAUUCUCUAGAUUCAUUCAGGCAUUUAUGUAACUAUUAAAAAAUACAAGUACAUAUAGAUGAAGUUUGGAUGGAGCGCUCCCAUUUUGGACACCCUGUAUGAUAUAAUAAUCCAUUAUGUAUGUUGGUGCAGUCAAUAGAGAAAUGUUUAAUGUAAUAUGUUAUGAUGAUAACACAACAACAGUGUCACAGGCUUAUUGGUCUGCAGGAGAAUGUGAAUCACAUAUUUGGUUUUAGUGAAUAAAAAGAAUUUAGCUAUAA